CCACCGUCUGCUUUCAGGGCUCUGGGAGUUCCAGUGACCGACCACACGUAUGAAGACUGCCGCCUGAUGAUCUCAGCCGGUGAGCUAACGCUGCCCAUGGAGGCCGGCCUGGUUGAGUUCACCAAAAUUAGCCGUAAACUCAACCUGAAGUGGGACAACGUGAAGAAGGAGCUGGAGGGCUUUGCGUCCAUGGCCACUUCUUGUAAAGGAGGACGGAUAAACAUCGAGGAGUUUUCCUCCUUCCUGAAGCUACCUGUCAACCCGGCCCUCGAGGAGCUGUUCGCACUGUUUGACAGGAACGGAGAUGGCACCAUAGACUUCAGAGAGUACGUUAUCGGCGUGACCAUCUUGUGUCGACCAGCCAACACCGAAGAUGUGCUUCGCAUGGCUUUUAAGGUAUGGAAGAUAUAUUGUGAUAUUACAGUGCUGCUACGAGGGACAGGAGAAAUAGCAGUCAUGUAG